GCAUCGAAGAUGGCGGGUGGCGUGGACGGCCCCAUAGGGAUCCCGUUCCCCGAUCACAGCAGCGACAUCCUCAGCAGCCUGAACGAGCAGCGCAACAACGGGCUGCUGUGCGACGUGGUCAUCUUGGUGGAAGGCCAGGAGUUCCCCACCCACCGCUCCGUCCUGGCGGCCUGCAGCCAGUACUUCAAGAAGCUCUUCACCUCAGGGUUAGUGGUGGACCAGCAGAACGUGUAUGAGAUAGACUUUGUGAGCGCGGACGCCCUGUCGGCCCUGCUGGAGUUCGCCUACACCGCGACCCUCACCGUCAGCACUUCCAACGUCAACGACAUCCUGAACGCAGCCACCCUGCUGGAGAUCCCGGCCGUCAGGGAUGUUUGCACGGAUCUCCUGGACAGGAAGAUUCUGGCCAAAAAUGACCAGAUGGAUACAGUAGAUCAAAUUGAUCAGAGGAACCAUCUCAGAGCAAAAGAGUACCUGGAGUUCUUCCAGAGCAACCCCGUCAACGGCCACCAAGGCAGCUUUCCGUGGACCAACCCAGAGUUGAGAGACCUUCAGAAACUGAACUUCCAAUGCAAAGAGGAGGAGGAGGAGCUGGACUGCAAUGGCAUGGACUUCUACUCGCAAGCCUCCCUAAACGAAAGACCAAAGGUGAAUGACUGUGACCCUGACAGCAACCCAGCCAUGUGGCUGGACAGAGAGGAGGAGGAGGCAGCAGCUCCUGGCUCCUUGUUUUCACCUUCUCAGAACGGACAUUACAGCAGCCGUGGCCUGGCCACGCCGGGAGAAGAGGAGGGGACCCCAGGGGGAUCUCUGGACCAGCAAGAAGCUGGUGACUCCCCCAGCUUCAUUCCUCCUGGAGCAGAGAUGGAGGAUGAUGUGAAGGUGGAGGAUGGCUUGGCUGCCAGCGCCCUGCUGCAGCAGAUGAUGAAUUCCGUGGGGAGACAGCAGCUCGGGGAGGACGACCGCAAGGACGACGACGGGGUCAUGGAUUAUUACUUGAAAUAUUUUGGCAGUUCGAGCGAGGGCGACGUCUACCCGUCCUGGUCCCAGAAGGUGGAGAAGAAGAUCAGGGCAAAAGCAUUCCAAAAGUGCCCCAUCUGUGAGAAGGUGAUCCAGGGGGCUGGCAAGCUGCCGCGCCACAUCCGCACCCACACCGGGGAGAAGCCCUACGAGUGCAACAUCUGCAAAGUCCGGUUCACCAGACAGGACAAGCUGAAGGUGCACAUGAGGAAGCACACGGGUGAGAAGCCCUACCUGUGCCAGCAGUGCGGCGCCGCCUUCGCCCACAACUACGACCUGAAGAACCACAUGCGCGUCCACACCGGCCUCAGGCCCUACCAGUGUGACAGCUGCUUCAAGACUUUCGUCCGCUCCGACCACUUGCACAGGCACCUUAAAAAAGAUGGAUGCAACGGGAUCCCAUCCCGGAGAGGGCGGAAACCUCGGGUGAGAGAUGCUGGAGGAGUUUUACCACCCACCCCGACGGGAAACGCGGAGGAUGGAAGUUACCAGGCCGGUGGGGAGAGUCAAGAAUCAGAGGACACCCUGCAGGAGCAGCAGCACUUUGAGGAGAAUUCCAAUAACCAAGAGGCAGGAUUGAAUGUAGCAGGAGGGUCUGUGGAGGGUAACACACCAGGACUCUCCUAAAAACCAAAAAAAACACACACAAAACAACCAAGUGUCACAAAAUCUAGUUAGUACUUUUCCUCCGAUUUUUUUUUUUCUCUUUCCAGACGUUUCUCUUCCC